CGUUUGCUCCAUUUGAAGUGUUUACGUCUAGUGCUUCGGAAAAGCGUGAAUGGAAAUUUCUUGAAGAGUUGCCGGAACCUUUGCAUGAAUUUUCUGGAAUUCAAAUCGUUAAAUCUUAUGGUAUUCAAAAGAUCCAGUGAAAAUGGAUGACACAAAUGUGGAUGAGAUCGAACUAUGUCAAAGCGUUGAGCCCCAUAACGAUGGUGAAUUGAUUAAGUCGAAGGCAGUUGUGAAGUUCUCAGCCGUGCAGGUUCCAGCGCAGUUCACACGGCUGCAAUGUAACACGGACCUGAACAUGCCGCCGUCCAAUUGGUUAAGUGGUUCGGCUAGUUCUUAUGGACUGCAGCAGUUCAUAUAUCAUUCGACUGGAUUCGCUAGUUUUCGGAUGGCGCACAAAUUUCCAGAUUGUUUAGGCGAGGUCGAUGUUGUCUCUGAUGCCGAAAAUAUUAAAAAUCUUUUGAAAUUGCCAUAUUCCCCGAAAAACGCCAUCAGCAUGAUGGUCCAUAGAAUUGGCAAUACGCUGUUAAUAGACGAAUUUGAUCUGCAAAAGUAUCUUCUGCGGCAAGCAGACGACGAUUGGAAAUGGUUGCGAACAUUUAUUGUGGAGCAUAUAUUGACCAGCUUGAAUGAAAAAGAUCGAAAUUUUUUCUGCAUCAAAGACAAAAGUCGAGGUGCUAUUCAAAGGAAAAACUUGCUAUCGAAAUUCCUUUACCACAGUCUUCAGCAUGUGGACACGGAUAUUUCAAAUUCAGAACCGGCCAACACAACAGGAGAACGGCCAUUGCCUUUAACAGGUCCUAUUUUACCAGAACCAGACAUAGAAGAAAACGUGCCAGAUCCGAAUUCGAAUCAUGUUUUCAACAGGAACGUGGUAUGGACUUUUGAAGACAUUCGAAUGCUAAUUGGAACUGAUAUGCCAAUUUUUGGUGGUGGCACUCGACCUUGCAUUAGUUUACGGCUACGAGAUAUGGCAAAACCCAUUAGCGUGUUAACAGGCAUUGAUUAUUGGCUAGAUAAUUUAAUGUGUAAUGUUCCAGAAGUAGUGAUGUGUUAUCAUUUGGACGGAAUUGUGCAAAAAUAUGAGAUUAUUAAAACUGAAGACUUGCCCUAUUUAGAAGAUUCGCAAUUUUCUCCUCAAGUUGUUCGUAAUGUGGCUCAAAAUAUACUCGCAUUCUUGAAAUCAAAUGCCACAAAAGCUGGACAUACGUACUGGCUUUUUAAGGGCCGGAACGACGAUGUUGUGAAAUUAUACGAUUUAACAACUCUCUGCCAAAACGAAGAAUGCGAUGAGAAGUCGGAGAAUCCUUUUACUGUUCCAGUUGCAAUGUUAUUAUAUACCGUGGCGCGCAACAUGCGGAAUGCUUCAGCAAAAAUAGGCCAGAAGAAGGCGGGUUCAAUAAAAGUGCUCUUAGAAAAUUGUAUUCAACUUCUACCGAAAGAGAAAUAUCCACAGAUUGUUACAUCUUCGCACUAUAUCUUGUCUGAUUUACACAUUCCGGCUUAUAUUGAUCCGAAAGCUCCUGACUUCGAUUGCAGUGAUGAUGACGAUUCACAAUCGGUUUACGACGAAGAUUAUUGCCCUUCAGAAUAUGACGAACCUGACGAAACCAAUUCAGAUGUUCUAAUGAGAGAUACAAAUGUUGUUAUGAAAAAUAUUUGUGAAACGUUAAAGGAUUUCAAUUUAGAAGACAAUCGAAGAAACACUAAGUUACCAUUACCUCUAGUAGCAACCAUCGAAGAAAGAUGUCGAAUAGCUUUGCAUCAUGUCCAUAGCGGAUUAGAUUGCCUGCAAUAUUUCGCUUUGAACGAAGAAGAAAUGACUAAGAAAAAGGAAGAGCGCGCCAAAGAGGAAGAGAAACAAAGAAUUAUACAUGAAGAGCAAAAUCCAAAUAUGGCGAAACCAUUCCAACCUAUCCCAUUGCCAUAUGAAUCGCUAAAACCUGAACCGAAAAUGGCGAAUCCUGAAGUACCAAUACCACUCGAUUGGGAUGAAGAAAGAUCAACAAAUAAACGUAAAAAGAAAUCCAAACAGAAGGGAAGGUCAAAGAAUUCGGUUAAGGAGACGCCUGUAGCGCAGAAGUCCCUAGUCCAGGAAAAUACCAAAAUCGGAAAUUCUUGGAACGUUCACCUGAAGUUGUUGUUAAUUGAAAAGGCUUGUUUAACGUAUGCUACGCUAGCGGAAUAUUACUACAAUCUGGAACACUUCGGAACAAGUUUACGAUACAUUUACAUGGCGUUAAGGUGCCAGAAAGUUGUUACAACUUACGUUCCUCCUGCUUCAUCGCAGAGAAACUGCCUUUUGGGCCGGGCUGGCGAUGCCUUUUUCCAAUUAUCAAAAAAUUGGGAACAAAUUUCUGAUUACAUAGAAGAGUUCAAUGCACACGACGAGUUGGACGAUUCUAUUCUUUUGGAACUAGAGAAAGAUUUACAAGAAAAUGACAACGAAUAUAUCGUUCCCAUGGAAAAUAUUGAAGGACUUUCGCUGCAAAGUAUUAAAUUUUAUGAACUUGCGCUCGAAUGUACUCCCGACAAUGGUAGAACGGAAAUACUAAGACGUUUGGGUAGUGUUAGGAACGAAUUAGGACUGAAAUAUAUGAAUUGGGGAAAAAAUGAAUACGAGAAAUUUUUAGAGUCACUGGAUGGGAAAGAAGAGUCUCAAGAGCGAACAGAUAGGUUGUAUGAAGUUCUUACUUUCAAAUCAUAUGACUGCUUCAUCCGAGCAAUAGCAGCUUUCGAAGAAGUGAACGAUGAUUUGAAUGUAACAUACGUUUAUUGCAACUUAGGGCGGUUCAUGCGAUACCGCGCUCACAUACAUAUUCAUGGAGAAAGGCCAGAUGAUUUACGUAAUCAGAAAAAGUUCUACAACGAGGCGUUUUCCUGUUAUAGUAGUGCCCUGGCCGCUUUAGGUUCUCGUAAAAACCAUCCAGACACUUGGGAUGCAGUUGAAUGGGAAUUUGCAACAGCGACAUUUUCAUUAGCGCAACUUAUGCAAGAUUAUGGUGACUUAAGUAGUUUCACUGCAGAAGAAUUGGAAAAGGAAACUGUUAGUUUAUUGCAAGAAUCACUAAAGUUCUGCAAAGGUGAACAUUGUGCCUCUCAAGAAUUACUAUAUAAAUAUCGUUCCGGUCUUAUUCAUCAUCGAUUGGCUUCUUUUCACCAUUGUGUCUACCGACGAACCUCUGAAGAGGGAGAGAGGAGGCGGUCACUACAAUUAGCAUUUUUACAUUAUGGCAAAGCAGUUGAAAUAUUAGAAAGCUUAGGCGAAGUUGCAGACUAUCUGAAAUCGCAAAUAAAGCAAAUCAGCCUAACAGAACAACUCGCCGAAAGUCAGACUGGCGUGCAGAAAAUACGGACGCUUCACAAGGCCCUUAACCUGAUUCUUAACUCCCGGCAAAUGAUCCUUGCCGCUACCGAUCAAGACAUCGAUUUGCCUAAAAUUAUACUCGAAGUGAGAUUGUUUGAGGAACGAUUACAACAUAUUCUCCGAAACUUGACCAAAAUUUGUUCACCAGAUUGCAAAGACUCGUCUAAGUUAGCUGCAUCGUACACUCUCUACAAGGCCUUAUAUGCCACAACGCUAAAGAAGAAACCAACCGAUGAUCGCCAAUUCCUUUCGUACUUUGCCCAACUGUUAACGCAGCUAAUUAACGUAGGAGGGGAAAAAGUAAAAAAUUGUCUUAUUUAAUAAGUUAUUGAUUGGAGUCUCUGAUUUUGUUUUACGUUCGAUAUGGACGAUUUCUGCUUUGUCUUUACUUAUCGAAAACAAAGGCUGUGAGUACAAAAUAAUUUCGGAAUAUUCAAUUUGUAUUAGAAAUUCGGAUUUUUGUUUAUCAAUAAAGCUUUACUUCGAAAUUGAGUCUGUUACAAUUUAGCUGUUUUCAUGAGAACUGCAAAAAUCAAUAAAAUAACUAUUGAAUCAA